AUGACGGACGGCACGAUCCCGUUCACCUACCAAGGCGAGACCUUCCAAACGUACUACAAACUCUUCGGCGACCUCGCCAGCCGCACGCGCCCACCGAUCGUCAUCCUCCAUGGCGGGCCCGGCCUCACGCACGACUGCAUGCUCCCGUUGUCCGACCUCGCCGCGGCGUCCAUCCCCAUCAUCCUCUACGACCAGCUCGGCAACGGGCGCUCGACGCACCUCAAGGAGAAGCCGCCGACGUUCUGGACCGUCGAUCUCUUCAUCGAUGAGCUCGUCAACCUGCUCGAGCACUUCGCCGUCCAGAACGCGUUUGACCUCCUCGGCCACUCGUGGGGCGGUAUCCUCGCGUCCGAGUUCGAGGUCCGCAGGCAGCCCAAGGGGCUCAAGCAUCUCAUCCUAUCGGACUCGCUCGCGGCGUCGAGCCUGUGGAACAAGUCAAACAUGCAGCUGCUGCAGGAGUUCCCGAAGGAGGUGCAGGAGGGCAUGGGAAUGGGAAUGAAGGACCCCGCCAAGUUCUAUGCUGCGCUGAAGCAGUUCCAUGCGAAGCACGCGUGCAACGUUAGGCCGUACCCGAAGGAGGUGCAGCACUCGUUCGAUGCCAUCUUUGGUCCUGACGGCGACCCGACCGUGGCCGGCGCUCCGAUCCUUAACAACUGGUCGAUCAUCGACCGCCUGCACCUCGUCCGUGUGCCGACAUUCGUGAUCAACGGGCGCGGAGACAUCGCGCAGGACUUUGUUGUCGCGCCGUUUUUCGAGAAGAUUAAGAAGGUUAAGUGGGUCACGUUCGAGAACUCCACGCACACACCCUUCUGGGAAGAGCGCGAGAAGUACAUGAAGCUCGUUGACGAGUUCGUGCAGCUGGAGUGA